GUCCAAUCUGGCAACCCUGGCUGUAGCGCGCUUCAGCCAGGGUUGCCAGGUUGGGCGGGAAAUCCGGCCCAAUCUGGCAACGUUGCUAGCGGGCUAACGUGAAGGGACCGGCGGAUGAAGACUGCGCCUCGAUGCCUCUCUCUCGGCCGCGAUGGAGGCCACAGCGACGGAGGAUGCUGAGGCUGUUCGGGGCGCUGGUCCUCCUCGGUCUGGCUCUGGCGUGGAUCACCUCCUGGGUGCUGGAGAGCUACGACACCUCCUGGCACCCCAAGCGGAGCGUACAGGGACCCUCCGCCAGCGAUGAGGAGGAGUCCCAGGGGAACAGUCCGCCGUUCCCGGGCGGAGAGUUUAAUAAUAUAUUCUGGUUUAUACAGGUGUCCGACAUCCACAUAAGCCGUUUUCAUGACCCAAAGCGCAUUCCCGAUUUCGAGACGUUCUGCACUGACACGGUGGAAGUGAUCAAACCAGCUCUUGUGCUCGCAACAGGAGACCUGACGGACGCCAAGACGGAGAGCAAGGUGGGGUCGCUGCAGCACGAGGUGGAGUGGCAGGCCUACCACAACGUCCUGAAGCGCUCCCGCGUCCUGGAGCGCACCCGCUGGAUCGACAUCCGCGGAAACCACGAUGCGUUUAACAUCAUCUCACUGGACAGUGUCAACAACUACUACAGGAAGUAUUCGGCCAAUCAGAAGGUGGGCUCGUUCCAUUAUGUCCACCAGACUCCGUUUGGGAACUACUCGUUCGUCUGUGCUGAUGCCACGCUAACGCCCGGACCCAAGAGACCCUACAACUUCUUCGGCAUUCUGGACCAGACCCAGAUGGACCUACUGACGGCGUUCCGGACGGAGAGCCGUAGCAGCAACCAGUCGGUGUGGUUCGGCCACUACACCACCUCCACCGUCAUCUCUCCCGCACCCGGCCUCCGAGACCUCAUGAGCUCUGCGGUUGCGUACCUGUGCGGUCACCUGCACACCCUGGGGGGUCUGAUGCCGGUGCUGCACAGCCGACACGCCGAGGGCACCCUGGAGCUGGAGCUGGGCGACUGGAUGGACAACCGCAGAUACCGAGUGCUGGCCUUCGACCACGACCUGCUCAGCUUCUCCGACCUCACCUUCCAGCGCUGGCCUGCAGUACUCAUCACCAACCCCAAGGAGGCGCAGUACCUGCACCCCCGGGAGCCCGUGGGCCGGAUCCGGAGCUCCACGCACAUCAGAGUCCUGGCGUUCUCCGACGCCGCCAUCUCCGCCGUGGAGGUCAGCGUGGACGGCGAGGCCCUGGGGCCGGGCCGGUCGGCGGGGGGCCCGCUCUACGUGCUGCCCUGGGAGCCCACGCGCUACGAGGGGGGGCUUCACACCAUCAGCGUCCGGGUGGAGGACCAGGCGGGCCGCUGGGCGGUGGUGGAGCAGCGGUUCACCCUGGAGCGCGGCCUGGCCCCGGGCUUCGGCCUGGCCCAGUCCUUCAUCCUGCUCACUGACCACUACCUCCUGGCCCGCGCCGCCUUCCUGGCGGCCGUGCUGCUCAACGUGGGCACGCUGCUGCUCUACCGCUUCCUGCGCGUUCCCCCGGGCAGAGCGACCGUGGGCCUGUUGGCUCCGGUGAAGAUGUCUCUGCACCUGCUCAGUAAAACAGACUUCUUCUACUACUCCCUGCUGCUCUUCAACCUAUGCACCGCCUUCGGGCCGUGGUUCGUGGGGGAGCUGAUCGACGGUCACAGCGGCGCCUGCUUCGCCUUCGGCCUGGUGAUCGACGGCCACUUCCUGGAGGGCAGCCUGACCUACGUGGUCGGCGUGGUGCAGAUGGCGUUCUACAACACGCCCCUCACCUGCUACGUGUGCUGGAGCCUGCACCAGCGUCACCGCGGCAACACCUUCCGCUCCCACCUGCUGCCGUCGCGGCGCCCGGGCUGGUGCUCCGGGGUCGCGGCGCUGGCCGUCAACCUGGGCAUGCUGCUGCUGCUGGCCUGGCAGGCGUACUCCUGCGGCUUCCUGCUGGAGACCUACGGCGCCGUGGCCCUGCUGCUGUCGCCCGUCCGCUCCUGGGCGCUGGCGCUGGGGCUGCUGCUGGUGUACCGCGCCUGGACCGGCCCGGCCCCCCGCCUCCGGGACCCCCACCCCGACAAGGUCGCCCCCGCGCGCUCCUGACAGCAGCGCGCCGCUACGUCCUGUCUGGUUCUUCUUCUUCUCCUCCUCCUCUUCCUCCUCCCCUCUAAGCCUGACACACAUGCCGUCACUCGCCAUCACUUCAUCACCU